GGGUCGAAGACCGGAGAGCGCAAGCCCAGAGCCGCGGGCAUUAUCACGUGCGGCCGUCUCACGGGAUUGGUCAGGCCCGCGAUCUCCAGGGGAUUGGCUGGAGUGGUCCCGGCCUCUGCGUCAGUCACCAAGGGAACCUGCGGCGGCUGUGGGGGAUCAGGGCAGCCUGGGCCUGCCCGCAGACCUUCCCGGAUGGAGGUCCUGGACGAGUUCGACCCCGAGUUCUCCCAGAGUGUGACCUUCUGCCAGCUCAUCUCCGAGGAGGACUUCGAGAAGCAGGCGGCGACUUACACGGAGCGCUCGCUGCGCCGCCUCUUCCACAGCCUCGAUCGCAACCCGGGACUGGCGGAGAGGGUGGUGCGCAAGGGCAAGCAGGUCGAGUGCGAGCGGCGCGGGCUCCUUUCCUUCCUCUGGGCGAAGUUCUGUGCAAUCCAGGGGGAGCUGAACUGUUGCAACAGCAUGGACGCCCUGGAGAUGCACCAGCGGCUGGAGCAGCUGAAGAGGAGCAUCCACCGCGUGCACCGCUACGCCCAGGAUGCCAAGAAGAAGAGAAGGAAGCUAAAACUGAAGAAACCAGAACCCAUCCUCUUGCAGGACCGGUCAACCUCCCCGUGCCUGCCAACACUGCUGCCACCUCCACCACUGCCACCACCUGUCACUACCAUGGCCUCUGAGGUGGCUCCACCACCCCCUGUCUACACUAUGCCCAGGGUCUUUGGCCCCUUUCCUCCGCUACCCAGCAAGUCGGUGGAGAAAUUGGAAGUUUCAAGUUCUGAAGUGAAAUUAAACUGGACUGGCCUGUCAUUGAACCCAAGGAGCCGCAUUAUUGAUGUGACCCCGUUGGUCCUCAACCCUGGAGGCUUCCAUUUCUCGUACCUGCCCGGAAACAGUGCUCACAAGCUCCAUUGCCCUGGCUUCCCCUGGACCUCGGCCUGUAGUGACUCCCUCAACACCGAGAAGACACCAUCCCCUCCUGUGAAGGCCUCCAACUUCACUCCGCCUGUCCUGCUCAAGUUCCAGCCUGUGCCCAGACCUAAAGAUGACUCAGAGAAUGACCCUGGCAGCGCAGAGUCUGUGCCCCACAAAAAGGACCCAUAACUUCUUCCCUACAGACCAUGCAGAGGAAUGAAUAAAGUUCCCAUGGAGGUGG